GUGGGUACCUGCGUCUCCGCUCGCAGGAUGUAUGGUGCUGGAUAUCUAGUCUUCCAUGCCUGUUAGACAGACUUCUGGCGCCAGCGACACACCCAAUGUCCUUCUGAUCACGGCGUUUGAUUAUUAUAGGCGUUACUUCAAGUGGCCUAGUCGGUUUCCCAGUACGCUCUCGUAUCUCUGAGGUUGCAAUCCUAGCUCUUUUGCGCUUUCUUCACCCUCUGUGUUCAAAAUCAUGCAAGACAGAGCAGAAAUCCAUGUGCAGCCAGUCCGUCCAACUAACCGGUCGCGCUCGAUUCGCUCUCCCUCUUUACCUCAACUCUCACCUUCAGAGCCAUCUUGUGCGGGGGUCUCUGAAGCAAAUGCGUCUAAGAAUCAACAGGCUCGAGAAUCAACUCAUGGGGACGGCGUCCAACGCGUCCAGGUGGAGCCCGAGCGCACAGGAUGGGCGAGGAUAGCAGACAUGGUUCGCAAGUAUGACGAAGACAAGAUCAAGGAUGUCAAGGAAGAUAUAGAUACGCUUCUCGUCUUCGCGGGUCUAUUCUCAGCUGUCCUGACUGCAUUUGUUAUUGAAUCGUACACUACACUGCAAGACCCGGGAGAUGUAACUCAGCAGAUCCUGAUGCAGAUGUCGCUGCAGUUAGCCAGCCUGACUGUAACCAGCAGUUCCAUCAACUCAACCGCACCUCCAUUCUCGACACUCCCCUUCAAAGUCACCCGUUCCUCUAUACGCGUCAACACGCUUUGGUCCUGCAGCUUAGUUUGCAGCCUCAUCACUGCAUCACUCGGUAUCUUCAUGAAACAGUGGUUUCACGAGUACAUGGCCCAUGAGAGCCAGUCUCCUCGUUCACAGCUUCGUGUUCGAUUCUUCCGAGCAGAGGGAUUGGCUGAAUGGCGGGUUUUUGAACUGGCCGCACUACUUCCACUACUGUUGCAGAUGGCGCUGCUUCUCUUCUUCAUUGGACUGAGCGAGUUCUUGCGCGAGCUCAAUCCAGUGGUGGGGUGGAUAACCACAGGAGUCAUGUUGAUAUGGCUGGCGGCAUUCAUAUUCACCACGCUUGCACCCGCGUUCUCCUCGAAAUGCCCAUAUAAAACACCUAUGCUGAAGGAUAUGCUGCGUACUAUUCGACCUAUAAUAAGCUUCAUUUUGCUCAAUAUCGUCGUCAUCUCCUUGCUGAUGGUGUACCUGCUCAUACUCGCAUUUCGCACGGUAGUCGGUCGUGGUUCUUCCUUCCUGAUGACAUGGACAGGGUGGAUGGAGCGUGUUUCCAUGGCUGUGAUGCCCGCUAUCUUUUCAGUCGAUGAAUACACGGUUCGUGAAACUGAUGUUUCAGAUCUUCGCAUUCUUGCACUAUCCAAUGAUCUAUUCUUGGACAAUAACCUGGAUGCGACUCUAUCUCAAUGGAUGUCAGAUGUUCCCUUCUGGCCUGCUGCCUCAGACAAGAAAAAAUUGCAGUGGCCGACCUGGCGUCCGGUUAUGUCUUUGCACGAGCUCUUAUGGUACCAACUACUCAUAGAUAAACUGCGGGAUGGAUUCAAUCAUGGGGGAUUGCUCCUCAUAGAAGAUCCGAGCAAUGCCUAUUACGGUCUCACGAACAUUCUACCAUCCCCUACCUUUCAAGUCCCGCAUUUGACAAGCUUUUUUCCAGACAUUGUAACAAUUGUCAUGCAGUUGGUGUAUCUAGGAGAUGGUCCCACCACGGCUGCAUUGCUUGCGUUGUCUGUUUGGUUGUGUGAAGUGCAUCCAUCGGAGAUGACAUCCAUGGAUGAGUCUGAUCCCGUCUCAAGCUUUCUCGAUUCGUUUUCAUUCAAGUACUGUGUACAUGAUGACCGUGUUUAUGUUUCCAACCUUGUCAAUGGUGCCAGAGAGCUACUACAAGCCAUACAAAUACCCAAUUCCGACGGCAUACCUUCCGUCCUGGAGCGUCUCAAGGUGGGACGAUUUGACAAGUCACACGUUGUUCAUCUUUGUGGUUCUUUUGCGACUCUGAUCCAACCAGCACCGGAGAAUAUCGUCCGUGCCGAACAAGACAGCCUCAGAAUAUUCACCACGGAAGUCCUUCUUGUAUUGCAGUCUCAACCCAGGCCAGCUAAAUCCCCUCCCGAAGAUUUUGAUCAUCGUGAAUAUGCUCACAUGGUUCUUCAUGGCCUGUCCACACGUGUUCCUGGAUCAGUCGACCCAGAACUGCUCUCGGAGCUAGAAUUGUAUGGAGAUUGAGAGUGUAAUGGUCGAUUGGUGAUAAAAGUUAAAAUUUCCCCCUCCCGGCAGGUUAUGCAGAGGUCCUGGAUUCAAUUGCUUGAGUGGGUGACAGGGUACAAUGUGUUUGCAGGUUAACCGGAUAGUCCACGAAGUACAAUCGCAUCGUGACAUGCUGCGAAUGGAAUCAAUUGGUAAAUAAAAAUGUAAAUAAAUGAGUGAGAUAACCAGCAAUGUCGAAAUGCACUUUGAACGGUUUC